AUGGGUUCAACGGUCGUCGUAACCUGCGGCGCGACCGUACCAUUUCCUGAACUUAUAGCUGCACUUCUGGAUAAACAGGUGCUCGAUACACUACUAAGGAUGCAUUACACAAGACUAAUCGUGCAGUACGGGCGAGGAUAUACAUCAAAGUUUGCACAGCUCCUAGGAUGCGUACGCGCUCAUGUGGAAGAGCCCGCAGAUAACGGGGCCUCAAACCUAGCAGCGGGGGUCGAGGUACAGGUGCGAGGGCAUUAUCAGUCCCUCGAGGUUUGCGGGUUCGAGUUCACAGGCGCCAUUCACGAGCUGCUGCGCGACAACGCUGAUUUGGUCAUCUCGCACGCGGGCACCGGCUCCAUUGUGGACGCGCUGCGGCUGGGCAAGCGCCUGCUGGUGGUCGCCAACACGUCACUAAUGGACAACCACCAGCUGCAGAUAGCACGAAAAUUUGAAUCACGUGGCCAUCUGCAAUCGGCCGCCGCCCAGCCUAAAGCAUUGAUCGCGGCACUGCGCCGAGUGGAGGCUGCGCCGCAAGUCCCCCUGCCGAACGGCUACAACUCGUCCUUUGAGCGGCUCCUUAUGGACGUUGCCCAAUCGUAG